AUGAACUACUUCUUCACAAAAGCAGUCAUCUCCACCAAAGACUUCACUGUCGUUUUAGCCCACCCUUAUUACAAUGGAACUAGGACCACCCUUUGCUACACUCGUCCAAACCUCUCCAAAUGGAUUUCUUUUGUCACUCCCUAUUACCAAUAUGCCAUUGAUGUUAUCCAUGACAAUGGUUUGUUCUACGCCCUCACUAACAAGGGCAGUAUCAUCAUCUGUGGUCCUUCUUCAAUCAUAAGAGUAUUGUCUUUACAACAACCUCUAAGCUUAUUGCAUCCCUCUAUUUAUUUUAUUGUUAAGUCUCUAGAUGGAGAUUUACUAAUGGUGCACAGAGAAAUUCAACUCUCUGAUAAGGUUGACAUUCACCUCCAUGACUUCAAGACUUGUGACUUUAGAGUGUAUAGGAUUGAGAAUGAGAACAAUGAUCAGAUGUAUUGGAAACUGGAGUUUGAUCUUGGGGAGCAGUGCUUGUUUCUUGGGGACAAUGAAUCCAUGGUCUUUUCUGCUUUGAAAUAUCCAGAGCUUCAAAGGAACUGUAUUUACUUCACUGAAGGAAGGGUCCUGAACCAGAGGUCAGCCAGUUGUAAGCAACCAGAACAAUGUGACAUGGGAGUGUAUAAUCUUAGUGAUAAAAGUAUCAAGAAAUUGCUUUAUCCUUCUACUCUCACUUGGCCUCCUUCCAUUUGGUUCACUCCACACAAUGAAGAAAGUCAUCAUUAA